AUGGCAGAGGAGGAAGGUGAUGUGGAUGAGAGGGAUGUGUUCCUGGCUUUUGCCCAGGGUCCCUCUCCCCCCAGAGGCCCCCUACGACGCACCAUGGACAAGGUCUUCUUUAUUUUCUUGGCCCUCUUCUUGACAGUGCUGAUGCUGGAGGCUGCUUAUAAGCUGCUGUGGUCGCUAUCAAUGGCAAAGUUUGCCGACUGGCUCCUGUGGACACCUCAGAAGGAGGAGGAGCUGGAAUUGUGACCACUGAAUAAACAUCUUCACCUUCUGCCAUAGAGCUCUCCCAGAGAAGAAGAGGCGAGAUCUUAAGUAUUUUGUGAUUCCCAUUUCGACUCACAGCCCUCACAGCCGCAGUUUGCACAGAUUCUCCUCAAAGUUCCUGCCCCAUCAUCGCCCAUCCUCCCGCGCUGGACCUCAAAGAUAAAGCACGGCCUCCGGAUGAGCACUGCGGGUCCUUCAAGGUCCCUCCUCCUCCAGAAAAGGAGCAGAACCAGUCAGGUGCCGCCGAUUUGGUUGGCCAUUAGUUUUGUGGUGUAGCUUGAAAGAAAAAUCAACACCAGCAACAAUAAUAACACUUUUGUAUAGCGCGUUGUGCUUAUUUGUAUGCAUGUGUUAUAAUUUAAAGAUCGGGAUAUGUAGCACUUGGUAGAAACAGC